AUGGAGUUGUGUGUGUGUAUAAAUUUCGUGUUUUUUAAAAACAUUUAUUUAUUUUAGCCUAGUUUUCAAAGAAAAUUUCCUUAAAACAAGUUUUCUCUUAUUACUAUCAACGAAGGUAACUAAUGAAGUCCCCAGAAGGAUUCUCUGGAGUGUACGAACGCCACACUCGAAUUAACUACUGGAUAAAAUUGUUACACACAAAAAUUACACAAGUCUCUGGCUUCCAGCCCUAGUAACUUUUCCCAUUUCGGCCCAUUUUUCCCGUUCUAAUGGUUCUAAGACACCAGGAUAAUAAAAUGGCCUCUGAACAGCCGUUGAAAAAGAAAUUGCGACGAGGUGACAACCCAGACGCCCCAGACGAGCCUGACUUCAUCCACAACAUAGCAGAAAAUGGUGUGGGGAACGACCUAUCAACCCUCCACUUGUCUUACCCACCUACUGUGAACGAAGACGACAUCACCCUAAACACAGUCAACUCGCAGUUCCACGGGGGCAAGUCAGUGUUUCGGACUAGUGAACUGAGUGAUGACAGUGAGCAAAAGUUCAUUGAAGACAAAGAGGACUACCCCCCGACUUGCGAAAACAUCUCCAUACAACCCGCGCCCGACAUCGCGCCUCUCAUUUGCGACUAUGAGGGCCAACAGGAGACCGAAAACAGGCAACAGAUGGUGGUUGACGAGGAAGAAACUGAGACUUUUUACAGUUAUUUGGUGAAACAGUGUCUGUGCGACAUUCCCGAGCGCGUGUUGAGGAAACCCUUCGAGGGGCACCAGAUUAUGGACGAAAACGGCAGCAGAUUAGCGAUGUUGAGCGAAUGGUCCACUCCACAAGUGUUACAAUUUCUCUCAAACGUGCAAUUGUUAUUCGACGUUUAUUUGAAACAAAACAAUAACGGUCACAUUUGCUCGAAAAUCGUGACGAUUUGUAACACAUUUGUACGCAAUGAGCAUAACUUAAUUGAGCAGAUUUUGUCGCUUUGUGAGACUAGAGACAAAUACGUAAAUUAUCUGGCAGCGAAAGUGUUUAGUAGUUUUCUCAUUAUUGCAAAAACAAACAUAAACAACGAGUGGCUCGAGACGAUAGUCAGUUUUUUAACAAUCGAAAACCCCGACUAUGUCAAAAUGAAUUUCGCUCUUGAGAUCAUAAAACGGGUAGUCGAGUGGAAAAACGUCGAUAUUCAUGUCUUGGAGGAGCCCCAAAGCCAGGACGUGGCGGGUAGCAGCAGCCAAAACGUCGAUAUUAACAUCAAUUGCGUCACUGUGCCGUACAGUGACGCUGAAAGUUAUGACACUUCCGGUAUCAAAGGCCUCAUUAUCAAAAGUCUAGAGUCGAAAUGGCCGGAAUUGAUCAGCAAAAUCCAGUAUUUAAUAACCCAGAACACCUCGGUUGAAGCCCAGACUUGCGUUCUGACGUUUUUAGCCCUUUGGGAGAGCACCAUUUCCGUCAAGGCCAACUUGAGUGUGAUCGACACGAAGCCGUUUUACGCCCAUUUGGAGAAUUUCGUCGGGUUGCUAAACAGUAAUCUCCCACCAAUCAUUUGGAAACAGCUUCUGUCCCUAUUUAACGAGGUUCUAUGCUAUGGAAGCACUCUAGCCUUGCAGGAUAUGCUCCCGGAGGAUACGUGUCAACUCGCCCACUUGAUCGUGCGAUACGUCAAAGACUUCCGCUUGCUUGAUAGUCUCCCCUAUAGGAGGUCGGAGGGGUACACUGUUAACAGUUUUGUGGGGACCAUUCCGAGCACGCAACCAGCGCAAUCCAAUAUCGAUAAGACUCUCUUGCAAAAAAUGACCCUUUUGGUGUUGAAAAGCGUGGCUAUUACGAUUAAGGAGACGAGGUCUGACAGUUCGGACUCUAGCGUGGGGUCAGAGGACUAUGAUUUUUCACAUGACAUGCAAUUAAUCGCGCGGUCGAUCCGAGACGUGCUCAAGAAAGUCGACGUUUUCAUCAAAGUCAGUUUGGAGUUUCAUCCCGAAACCCCCUUUUCGAAAAUACUCAUCCACUUGUUUAGCGAUCAGGACGAUUACAUGAUUGAAGCGAUGGUUUGUACUCUGGAUAUAAAAACGGGGAUUUCGUAUCAGAACGCUUUAGCUCCUGAUUUUAUCGCGAUGUUGAAUCCGGUCCAUUCGUUUAUAGAGUUUUUGAAAAUCGUUAGUCAUGAUUCAGACGUACUAUUAGAUUAUUUAGUUAGCAAUGAAACAUGCUUCUUGUUGUAUCUGUUGCGGUUUUUGAAGUAUACGAGGAGAAAUUGGGACGUUUUUGUUAAUAGUUGUUAUGAGGGAGGAGCGUCGAGGACUAAUGAGCUUGACAAUACAAUGACAGUUUUGAUAAGACUUAAAAUGCAAAUCGAUCGACUUGUUUCGAAAGAUCUUUUUCCUUAUAAUAUUAACCCCAUUUUAAGACUGCUUGAGAUUUGCGAAAAUCUUUAUGAAGGCAACGAGUACAGCUGAUAGCUUUAAUUUUUAUAAAAGGAUUUUUUUCAUUUGUAUAUAUUUGAAAGUUUCCGUGAUAUAGUACAAAACCUUCUCAUUUCUCCUAAUUUAUUUUAUGCAUACAUAGUUAAGGCAUUUGGAAUUAAAAUGGCCUAUCCCACAAAAUUUAUAGACUUAGUUUUACUCUCCGACCAACAGCUUAUUUUUCAAAUUUUGAGUUAAACACGUUUAACGUUUUAAAUAAAAAAUAGUAAUGGUAAAGUGACUGUAUUUGAAACUAAAUAAAAUUUUAAAAGGGAAAAUUGUGACUUUUAUUAGAAUGUCGCUUAAGCUUUAGGCCACUUUAAUUCUAAACGCCUCAUUUAAGAUAGGUACAGACAACAUGUCCAGUUGAACCGUAUAUUAUCAUUGAAAUAUUCGCAUACCCACGAAAUUAUACCGUGUGUUACUUCAACUAUUUCACAAAUUUUACAAUUCUGUAUCAUUUUUGUCCGUUCAAUGAUAUUAACAGUUUAAACAUGAGACCCCUGAGAAAGCAUUUUUAAAGUUUACACAAUUUGUUGUCACACUGCCAAGAAAUGCGAUACGAAUCGAUUGUGGUUUUUCAAGUUUCUUUGCUUUAUAACUUUUUAUGUGCAUACAUACCCGGAGAAUCAUAUUUGUUAUUUAUUAAAAAAUGAUAUCAUUAAAACAACACUUUAUUUUGUAACGUCCGUUUAAUACCUGUGUCAUAACCAUCGUCGCAACAUUUGAAAUAGGUCAGAAACAUUUGAUUUCUGUGUAAAAGAAGAAUAUGUGUAACAACUGAACCCUACUGACAAAUUUUGAGCCAAGAAACUCCACUCUUUCAUACAGAAAAAAAAACAUCGUGAAAUGUGAUAGCAGUGGCGAUGGCUGUGGCACGACAUAUACAAAUUUUUUAUACAGAAAAUGGCAACAUCGCAACUUCAUUUUUCGAGGUUGCAUAAAUAAAUGUUUUGUACAAAAAAAAAAAAAAAACGAUUUGCGUAAGACCCUGGAAGCAAUUUAGAACAUGAAAAGUGAAAAUUUGUUAUAGAUUUAAAACAAUUUAUGCAUUAUAACUUGAGAACUGGAUGGAUGAGUUACUUUGAUGGAGAAUUUUUGUAACAUCUCUAUUGCCACUUGAAUUGCGUGAAUGGAAAAACUAUUUCUAUUGUAAAAUGCAAUCUCUAUACUUAAAAAAGUAUGAAUCAGUAGGAAAUUCCUGACAUGUUAUCUUGAACAAAUACAAAACAUUACAUAUUUGCAUUUCUUAUUUUGGGUCUAUGAAUUAUUUGUUUUUAACAUUUGCUAUGGAUGAUAAAACCUUGUUUCUAUAUGCAUGCUUAGCAAAUUUUAAUAAAUCGACAUAUUUUUGACAACAAAUCUCCAUUUUUCAACAGGAUUCUUUCAUUGUGGAAAAAUAAGUCCUUUUUUCUACCAUUUUGUUCUGAGUGUUCAAUAUAUCGUAUACACUGGACAUGUUGAACGUUGGAAAUGAAAAAAAUAUUAAUAAAAAAAAACUUCUGCUUAGUUUUACCAGAUGAAUAAAGUCGUUCGUAGCCUAAGAAUGCGUUUGUAUUAUCUAACACUUCUAAAACAGAAUUGUGUUGCGUUAAAAAGUCUGUAAUUAACUUAUUUUUCAUUAUUUAUUCUUUUGAAUAGGUUUUUUGUAACAAAUGUAAAUUGUAGUUACCUUACUUAAGUUUAAUUAAUCGCUCCACUUACAAUUUGCAAUAUUAAAUGUAAGUUCGCCUUGUAUUAUUUUCCAUAGUUCAAAUUAUAUUCGCCGUGUUGAGGACUGUGCCCAUAAAUGUAAAAAACAUGAUGUAAUUAAUAAUUUAAUGACUAUUAUUUAAUUUCUAACUUAUAAAAGUAAUGUUUGGCAGGCUCAUUAAGGUCCUUUUUGAGGAUUAAAAAAGUAGUAGUAUGUAUAAAAGGUAUUGAUUAUAAUACUUUAAUAUUUUUAAAAUUGUACAUAAUGUACUAAUGUAUUUUUUUACCCAAUACAAAACAUUUUAAUAACAA